AUGCGUGAUAUGUUCCAUGGCUGGCGGCCGUGUGCGUUGGCCCUCGUCUUGCUUCUAGCAAGAGGGCAAGAUUCCUGCGAGGCAGACUCACGGUGUGCAGCCGUGAAAGACACCUCUCGACACGAGGCUUCCGGCCUCCUGCAAACAGAUGCCUCCCGAAGAGUAGUUCGCAUUGAUUCGCAGGGCGACUCGCGGAUAGAGGAGGAGGCCCUGGCCCGGCCCAAACAGCCGGUCGACGAGAGUGGCAAGCCUCCUAGACAGGCUAAGACUGCGACAAGCAAGGUAGGUAUCAACUUGUCCGUCAAGUGGAUGAAGCAGCCUCUGCCUGUCAGUCAGGCCAUUGCUGCUAUACCCCGGAUACAGGAGCAUCUUGGUCUGUUGCGCCCGAUCGAGCGGGUCAAGACUUACGACCUCGCACCAUCCAAUCGCGAGAUUGUUGAGGAGCUCGUGCGCCAAUCUAGCAAGACCGAUGGCUCGAACAUCGUGGACAUCAAGGAACUGGUGAUCGGCAUUGGCAACAAGGAACUUCCCUUCGUGGACAUGGACUGGCUCCGAAGUGUUGCUGAUGACUUCAAAGGCUCCCUGCACGUUGCGGUUGGCAAUGAGCCGGAUCGAAGUGGUGUCCACUCGGAUCGGGUGAUCGAAGUGAUCAAGGCCAUAAGAGCAGAAAUCCCGGAAGCGCAAGUGACCGUGCCGUUCGCAUAUUCGAUUAUGCACAGAAGUCACCCCGUGCAAAAGUCAAAAUUGGAAGCUGAGUUCAUCGAAAAGUACAAAGAUGUCCUCCCCCUGUUGGACUACUUCACGAUCAACAUUUAUCCCUUCUUGAGCUGUGGGGUUCGAGGGGUUGCGAUGGAAAAUCUGACUGGCCCGGAGAUGAAUUUCCUGAACGACCAGAUCUCUGCACUCCGUAUUGCCCUGGAUCGUGAUUUCCCACACAACAACUUGCCCCUUGCGAUUGGUGAGACAGGAUGGCCCACAUGUGGGGCUGCCCGUGCCUUUCCAUAUGCCUAUGCCACACUCGACCAUGCGAACCGCUUCGUUCGGAAUGUGGCCCGUUGGAUGGAGUCUAGCCUGUCCGACGGGCGCAUCGUAUCGGGCCAGCUAUUCACUGCUUUCGACGAGGAAACCAAAGGCACUCGACCGAGUGAAAGAUACUACGGCAUCUUGACAUCGAAAGGCGAAAUCAAGAGCGAGUUUUCGUGCGUCAGCAAUGCUACUGAGCCUUCCCAAGCCUGGCUGGAAGAGCUUUAUCCAGACUGCGAGAGUGAUCUAGACUGGAUGGUGAAGAACUUCGACAAUCCCUACUUGCAGGAGAAAUUUGCAAACAGGGACAUGGAUGGUUCGUUGUGCUCAUUCCAGCAGUACCUAUACGACCGCUGGGCGACCUGCCCGCCGGUUGCGAGAAUUCCUGGCGAUUUUGUGCCAGUAGAAUCGCACGUUGUGUACGGGAAGAAGGCAUCUCAGACAAAAUGCUGGAGCCAACGUCUGGCAGAUAAGUACUCCGAUCGAGGUGCCGUGAGCAAGCCGAACAUCUCGCACGUGGUGGAUAAGAAGGCUCCUUCCAACCAUGCUGGCAAGGGUGGCGCCUUCUCCUCCGAAGCGACGCCGCUGCCAGAUCGCUUCGCAGUCAAAGAUCCGACACCUUCCCCGCACAAGGUUCCCAGGACGCUGCAGAUCUAUUGGAUCAACCUGGACUCUUCGAAAGAUCGUCGUGCUGCCAUGGAGAAGAUGUUUGCAAAGCUUGGUGAAACGAAGCCGUCGACGCUGACUCUUCAGGUGACACGUGUGCCGGCAGUGACCACGCAGGAUGUCAAGGCGAUGCAGGCGAACGGCACGAUCGUCGUCGAAGCGAAGCUGAUCGAUGCGUGUUCCGAGGCAUGCCCGGAGCAUCACUCCAGGGGCGAGCUGCUGUACACCGAGCUCGCCUGCAGCCUCUCGCACUUACGUGCGAUGAGGCUGGCCACGAGCCAAGGCAGUCCUCCGCUGGUGCUUAUCAUGGAGGACGAUGUCGAAAUCUAUCCAGAGUUUGGGCGGGAUCUGGACAAAUUGAUCGAGCAGGCGCCGGCUGGUUGGUCAGCUUUGCAGAUGUCCACCGUGAGCACGAAGGCCAUUUUACAGCUGGCGAGUGCCGGGACAAUCUUUCAGCCACGGGAGCCGCAUUUCGAUGGCACCGGGUCCUACAUGAUUGCUGAGUCAGGCAUGGCACAGCUUCUGGAUCGAUAUGCGACCGGGCACUUUCAGCGAAAACCCUGGCUGCCUGGAGCUGGGUCACUGCAGGCAGAAGGUAUUCUCUUUGGGGCGCUCACCGAAGGCACGGUGUAUACCAGCACGCAUUUCUACUUCAACUUGUUGGAGUUCCCGACCACCGUUCACGUCAUGUCCAACUCCUCCGAGUGGUACGCAGUUUCCAGCGUCGCGUGGCAGACAAAUUUCAUGCAGCGCCAUCGUGGGCGACUGCUCCCAACCAGUCCAGCUUUCGGGACUCCGGAAAGACUUGUGAAGUCGUCCUUCCUUGGCAUGACUACGCUGGUCUGUCGAAACAACACUGGCUUCGAUGGCGAGAGUCGCUCCAUUGCCGCCUCGAUUCGUGCAAUGAUGCCGUACAACUUUACAUGGGCUGUUUAUGUUAUCGUCGCAGACGUGUCGGAAGAUGGCAACUGUCCUGGCCUGGAGAGCUUCCUUGAGCUGCGGCAGCCGAACGUGCGAAUGUUCUACCGAGUAUCUCCUGGCAGAUUCUCGAAAUGGGUUUACUACACGGAGGAUGUGGAGCAGUUUGCAAACUAUGAUUACCUCAUGGUCUUCGAUGCAGACAUGGGGUUAUCGACGUUCCCAUGGGCGGAUUACUUCCGAAGAUAUGAAGAUUAUGCUUCAAAGUGGGGCUUCGCUCCGGUUACUGGAGCUGUCCGGAACCGAUCUCCGUUCUACCCGCUGAAAGCAGAUUGGUGGACGCGGUGUAAUCGGAACAGGAUUCGAUUCGUUGAAACCGACUUGGUCGAACAGUGGUUCGCGAUGCUGAGCGGAAGCUUUGCAAGGUGGUACCUUCGCAGAGUCGUGGAGACUGGAAUCAUCAUGGAGCAGAGAACUCUGGGCGUGGACUGGGGUGUGGACUCUACCUGGUGUGGGGCCGCUGCAGAGUGGGCCAACCGAGAGGCCGGUUGUCUGCUCAUCCCCAUCGACAUGUACCACGGGGACACCAGAAGCCUGCACCAGGAUAUUGUUUUCCACCAGAACGGAGAACAUCUAACGAAUCUCUGGUGGGAAAGGCUGCCCGAGUGGAUGCGGGUGUCGCAGGUGUGGCUGGGAUCUUUCUUCCAGGAUCAUAUGCUCGGAUGCUCUCCCUGUGGACUGGAAGAGCGUUAUCACAUGCCCAUCGAUUUGCGGUCGGUUGUCCCUGUGGUGCCCACGAAGCUUCCGGACAACAUCAGCCAUCACAACGUACAAGCUUUAGACUCUGCAUCGGGGUCAGCGUAUACUACGAAUGGCAACAAGACCGGUGGAGGCAACAGCUCCAAUGCAACGACUACGACAGAAGAGCCGGAGGACAGAUCGCACUCUCCAGUGCUGCAGUUGGCCAGCGCUGCUGUUGCCGCAAUGGCUCUCUUGCAGGUGCUGGCGUGA